AUUCAAGACUAAACGCGUUUGGAGUGGAAGACGGAGGGAAAGAAUUCUUGCAAGAAGUACAGCGCUUCUAGUUCUCUCUGCAACUAGUCUUCACCGAUCACGAACCAACGAUUCUCAGCUGGAUACUGAAUAGAACUUGAUGCAUAGUUAUGGCAGCUGAAAAAACUGCCUCUACCAGUGCUGUACGUUAUGCUCCACAGGACCUAACUUUGCCCAAGCCUUGGAGAGGACUAAUAGAUGGUAAAACAGGUAAUCUCUACUUUUGGAAUCCGGAAACCAACACGACUCAGUAUGAGAGACCUGGGGGAUCCUCACAUCCAGGCAGCACUGAGAUUGAGAAGUCUUCAUCUAUAUCUCUAAGAUCUUCAGAUCAUGUUUCACAACAACCUUCUGAUGGACAAUGCAUCGAAAAUACUCCUAACGAUGAUGAUGUGAGACAGGGCCAAUGUAAUAGCAAAAGCUCUAUGCCUGCUUCUGAAAUGAAUGUUCAGAGCACUAGAACAGAAUCAGAGGAUCCCAGCAAUGUUCUUCUAUCAAGCUCUGGGAAUGGUGGGCCAGCAGCUAAAGCUAAUGGAUCGUCAGGCACAGGAAAUGAUUUGUCCGCCGAAGCUUACCGUAGCCAACAUGAAAUAACUAUCGAUGGAGAUGAUAAUGCACCUGCACCUUUUACAUCCUUUAGAGCAACUGGUUUUCCAAUGGAGCUUCUUAAAGAGUUUCAAUCAGCUGGUUUUGGUGCCCCUACUCCAAUACAAGCACAAUCAUGGCCCAUUGCCCUUCAAAACCGUGACAUUGUAGCAAUUGCCAAGACUGGUUCUGGAAAAACCUUGGGUUAUCUCAUUCCUGGCUUUAUUCAUCUAAAGCGUCGCCACAACAACUCCCAGAACGGCCCUACAGUUUUAGUGCUGUCACCAACAAGGGAAUUAGCAACGCAGAUACAGGAUGAAGCUGUUAAAUUUGGGAAGUCAGCAAGAAUAUCUUGCACGUGCUUAUAUGGAGGGGCACCCAAGGGGCCGCAAAUAAGAGAACUAUGCCAAGGUGCAGAUAUUGUGGUGGCAACUCCUGGCAGAUUAAAUGAUAUUCUUGAAAUGAGAAAAGUUAGUCUGCAACAGGUCUCUUACCUGGUACUUGAUGAGGCAGACCGGAUGCUGGACAUGGGUUUUGAACCUCAGAUAAGAAAGAUUGUUAAAGAAGUGCCUGUAAAGCGUCAAACCCUAAUGUACACCGCAACUUGGCCGAAGGAGGUUCGAAAAAUUGCAUCAGAUCUGCUUGUUAACCCAAUCCAGGUUAACAUAGGAAAAGUAGAUGAGCUGGUUGCAAACAAGUCCAUUUCUCAGCAUAUUGAAGUCAUGUCUCCUAUGGAGAAGAGCCGACGUCUUGAGCAGAUUUUGCGGUCACAGGAACCAGGAUCAAAGAUCAUUAUCUUUUGCUCUACAAAGAAGAUGUGCGAUCAACUUGCCUCUAAUCUAAGGAACCAGUUUGGAUCUGCUGCCAUACACGGGGAUAAAUCUCAGGAUGAGAGAGACCAUGUACUAAAUCAGUUUCGAAAUGGGAGAUCUCCAGUCCUUGUGGCCACAGAUGUUGCAGCUCGUGGUUUGGACGUUAAAGAUAUCAGAGUAGUUGUGAAUUAUGACUUCCCAACUGGAAUAGAGGAUUAUGUACACAGGAUUGGAAGAACUGGAAGGGCAGGUGCAACUGGAGCAGCUUACACAUUUUUUGGUGAUAGAGAUGCAAAGCAUGCAUUUGAUCUGAUAAAGAUUCUGGAAGGAGCAAAUCAGAGUGUCCCUUCUGAACUUCGUGCUUUGAGUGGAGGUGGUGGAGGUGGGGGGUUCAGACCUAAACGUCAAUGGAGUUCUUCUGGGUCUGGUGGUCAAGAUGGGGGAGGAGGAGGAGGCUAUGGUAGAAAAAACGACUCAGAUGGAGGAGGAGGUGGUCGUGGCUCCUAUCAUGAUUAUAACUCUCAAGGAAGAGGCGGCGGCGGUGGUGGCGGGUGGAAUGGAAAUUCCAACAGUGGUUCGGGAUUUGGGGGUGACAGGGAGCGAAGCCGUAGCCCAGCUAAGGAUAUGCGUGGCAGUGCUGGUGAGAACUCUUCUUCUUCUGGUUUGAGUUUUCACGAACGCAUGAUGAAGAUGAGAGAUUGUUGACCACUCUAUAAAAUAUGCUCCCCUCCUACCUACAUUUUGUUUAGGUGAACGCCCUUGUCCUUUUUUGGUCUAUAUUUUGCAUUAUUAUUAUUAUUAUUAGACUACUAGGGGUGUUGGUGGUGGUAUGCUUUUCAAAACUUUGUAUGAUUUUGUAAGGGUUUGAUAAGGGGGGGAUAUAUGCCAGAAAAACAACACCCCUUUUGGGAUCAGAUAUGUUCUGUUUAUCAGAUAGAUAGAACUAGAAGGACAGUAGUAGGUUCAUCAGACACAAUUAUCAUCAUCUUGGUUAAAUGGUAAUUUAAAGUCA